AUGGGUCCUUACAAAUACACCCAGCUGGAAAGGGGAAAUGACGAGAUCAGACUAUUGAGUCUAAUGCCAGGCGCACAAGACGACAGCAUCUCCAUGCACAUUUUCCACGUACCCCUAGCCAACUCACCGAGAGAGACUGGUGAAAUCAAGAGACUUUCACUUGAAGAACUGCAAAGAACUCUUCCGGACGAUAUGUAUGCUGUGAAAACAAUCGAUGGACGAUACAUCUUCAAACACCGCAAUGGAAAUCUAAAUUCGUGGGACCUACCAGAUCCAAAUCUUGAUCGUGCUCUUUAUGAUUUGCCGAAACAUGUAAGUUUUCCGGAAAAUAAACCUAAAUAUGAAGCUCUUUCAUAUAUCUGGGGGUCUGCCGAAAAUCCAAUCACAGCACAUGUGUUGGGCGAAAGUUUGGCAACGAUACAAAUUGGGGCUUCUCUUGCUGUUGCACUUAGACAAUUAAGAUACACGGAUAAGCCACGAAUAUUGUGGAUAGACUCUAUCUGUAUCAAUCAAAGUGACAUGUCCGAGCGAAGCCACGAAAUAGGACGCAUGAGAAACAUCUUCUCUUUCGCGGAUCGAACUAUCAUCUGGCUUGGCGAAGAAGCUGACGAUAGUACAAGCACUUUAUCUACUAUUGAGCAUUUUGCCAGACAGGUCGAGUACAUAGGAGGAGGAUUAGUUGCAUACGCGCCUGGAACUAAGUUAAUGGAAUGGAGACACUCGAACUUUCAUCUGCCGUAUGACACCAAAACAUGGUCAUCCAUAAGAGCUCUCUUCCAGAGGCCUUGGUUCAGUCGAGUCUGGGUCUUACAGGAAGCCUUACUUGGCGAUCAGGGAUCAUCAGUACAGUGCGGUAAUACCUCUAUUCCUUUCAGUGCUCUUCGAAAAGCAAUGUUGGUGCUUGGGAGAAAGGUCACGACACCAAGCGACAUCCGCUCCCAAUUAUUGUCGUACGCUCCUGGAGUUCUGCCUGACUCUAUGAGAGAGUUACCCGAGCUUCUGAGAUGGGCUAAGCAUCGCAACUGCAGCGAUCCUCGUGAUAAAAUAUAUGGGGUACUGGGCUUAGUGUCGCCUUUGAUUGCCGAAGGAAUUACGUGCGACUAUUCUAUUCCUGUGGCAGAAGUGUAUAAGAGUGCGGUACUCAGUCAUAUCACUGUCACAAAGCGUCUGUACUUGCUGCAACACAGUCGGCUGAUCCAAAGAUUUGAAGAUGGACCAUCAUGGGUUCCGAAUUGGUCUUUCGAAGAUAAAAGUAUUAUGAUCGGUAUUGUCUUGGGGAGAUAUGCAGCGGGUUCUUCCUCUGCAGUAACAGAUUAUCAAGCGCCGACGACUUUAGAAGUCACCGGCGUUUUUUGCACAAGAAUUACUUCAGUUAAAACGAAAUCUUCCGGAAAUGCAAGGGAAACUUUCCAAGCUAUUCGUGGCUGGGAGCCCGAGGGUCUCAGCUCUAGAGACUAUAUCGCGGGCGGUUCUUUGAUUGAUGCAUUCCUCCAAACUAUUUAUCAAGGGCGUACUAAGGAAAGAUAUCCCGGACUUCGUAUUCCACAUUCUUGGGAGCUCCGCCGAAGCUACUUAGAAGCUGUUGAUAAAGAUAAUAAAGAUCAAGAUGCGAUACUAAAUUAUGUUUACGGAUUGAAUUUUGGUCCCACGGCAUUCAUAACAACAGAAGAGGGAUAUAUGGGAAUAGGACCACUUGGAGUUGAGGAAGGUGACUAUGUAUGUGUACUAUUAGGAACCGAACUUCCAAUAGUUCUACGCCCAACACCAGCUGGACAGUUUCUAGUUGUAGGAUCCUACUUCAUUCAUGGUUUAAUGGACGGAGAAGCUCUGCUUGGUCCUAUCCCAAGUCCAUGGAAAACAGAACUAUACCGAAGGAAAGAUUCAGGGUACUCAACUCACUUUGUCAACCCGAACGAAAAAACACUCGAUGACCCACGUCUCUCCCCUCUACCCUCUGAAUGGAUAGAAGUCAAUAGAGAUGACGGUCCAUGGCCUAUCAGCAAGUCAUAUUUCAAACAUCUUGUGACAGGCGAGACGAUGGAUUCUGAUCCUAGGAUGCUUCCACAAGCAUUGAUGGAAAGAGGUGUGAAACUGCGGAAAUUCAGGCUCGUGUAG